AGAGCCCAGCGAUAAAGAAGUACCGCUCCGCUCCUCAAAAGAUACAUUAGCUCACAGAUACAAAUACAAACUUAAGCACACGAUCGUAACGUCGUUCUGCCUUCGUGAACAGCUCGUUCGGCACUUUUAAUCGGCCUGCAAACAGAACCUGCCGCUCAUUCGACUGCCGUAACUCGUAGCGUUCGGUUCUACUCGCUCCGGAAGAAUCCGACAUAUAAUAUAUAUUGAAUAUAUAUCGCAGACAAGUCCAGCUAAAAAUUUACGUGCUUCUCUGCCUCGCUGCGCGAAAGUGAAAACCAAUUGUAGUGAGAACUCCACACCGGAAAGUCAGAAAUACAAAAAUCAAAUAAACAGUGAACUGUUUCUAAAAAGCAGCAGCAAAUUCUAUUUUGCUGCCAAGUGAUCCAACAAACUGUGCCUCAAACUCAACAAACAAUACUUGACCGAAAUGGUUACCGGCGUCACCGCUUCCAACAUGACCGCCAACGUACUCGGCACCGCUGUGGUGCCCGCCCAGCUUAAGGAGACGCCACUCAAAAGUGACCGUCGGUCGAACAAGCCCAUUAUGGAGAAACGCCGACGCGCCCGCAUUAACAAUUGCCUCAACGAGCUCAAGACUCUCAUCUUGGAUGCCACCAAAAAAGACCCGGCUCGCCACUCUAAAUUGGAAAAGGCCGAUAUUCUGGAGAAGACAGUCAAGCAUCUGCAGGAGCUGCAGCGUCAGCAGGCUGCCAUGCAACAGGCUGCCGAUCCCAAGAUUGUCAACAAAUUCAAGGCCGGCUUCACCGAUUGCGUCAAUGAGGUCUCCCGCUUCCCCGGCAUCGAGCCUGCCCAGCGUCGCCGCCUGUUGCAGCACCUGAGCAACUGCAUCAACGGCGUCAAGGCCGAGCUGCACCACCAGCAGCGCCAGCAGCAAUCCAUUCACGCCCAGAUGCUGCCCUCGCCGCCCAGCUCCCCGGAGCAGGAUCCCCAGCAGCAACAGCAGCAGCAGCAGGCGGGCUACCUCUUCGGACAGAUCCAGCAGACAGCCGGAGGUUACUUCCUGCCCAACGGCAUGCAGGUGAUCCCCACCAAGCUGCCCAACGGAAGCAUCGCCCUGGUGCUGCCCCAGAGCCUGCCCCAGCAGCAGCAACAGCAGGCGCAGCAGUUGCUCCAGCAGCAGCAGCAACACCACCAGCAACAGCAGCAGCUGGCAGCAGCAGCGGCGGCGGCAGCGGCAGCAGCCAUGGUGUCCAUCCCCCAGCGCACCGCCAGCACCGGAUCCGCCAGCUCGCACUCCUCCACCGGAUACGAGUCGGCACCGGGCAGCAGCAGCAGCCUCAGCUAUGCCCCACCCAGCCCGGCCAACUCCAGCUACGAGCCGAUGGACAUUAAGCCGUCAGUGAUCCAGCGUGUGGUGCCCAUGGACCAGCAGCCAUUGUCCUUGGUGAUCAAGAAGCAGAUCAAGGAGGAGGAGCAGCCCUGGCGGCCGUGGUAGAUCGGGUAGUCGACGUCCGCUCGAAUCUCCCGCUUACAAGACUGAUGGGACACACUCUCAUAGAAACGCAUCCUUACACUUAAAGAAAAACUAGGCAGAAACUAAACAAAGGCGCAGGCGUUGUGCGCAUGCGCAGCCAUUUCACCUCAUUUCACAUCAUCCUGCAAAUGUGGCUUCGAAGUGCUACCAUGCUAAGAAAUCGGUUGAGAGCCUCUCAGGGUUCCAUUCCCUGCGAAUAAUCCCUGCGAGGUCAGGACCCUCAUCUCAUACACACACACACAAACACACUCUCACACACACACGUUGUUAUAAAUUAUUUAUUAUUAUUAUGUAAUUGAUUUGAGAAACGGUAUUCUAUCGGAAGAUGAUCACCAAGCUACCUCAGUCCAAGUUUUUGGUGUUGAAUUGCCUCAUGUAUCCAUGUAUUACUUUAUAUUUUGAAUAACAGCAAAUCAGCAAAAGUCUUCCACAAAAGCAAAAACCGCAAAAAAGCUGAGCAACUUUUUAUGAAAAAGAAAAAAAAUCGUCUUAAUCUAAAACUCUUAAAAAUUAGAAUUAAUAUAUCUCCAUCUAAAUAUAGAUUUUUUGUACACCCCAAUAGCUUGCUAAGCCGCUUAGGAUUUUCGCUCCGCUCUUAAGUCUUAAGUCUAAAGUCUAAUCAAAGAAAAAGUAUAUUUAUAUGAAAACAAACAACUAUUCGUAAGGCCACGUGAUAUAGUGAACAUAAUGAGCUCUAAGAAAACAAAACAUGAAUUUGAUAUAAACAGA